AGGGCACACACACACACGGCAGUAUCCGCUGCUGAUGUCAGACUCCAAUCAUGUCGACCCUCCUCAGCACCAUCAGCACCAUCAUCUUCGUGGAUUUUCUCCUGAGACCUUACUGAUGAUGGAUCUGUUCGGCAGAGGAGAGCUGGGGCUGCUGGGAGGAGGAGAGGGGCUGAGGGAUGACAUGGGUGUACCGGGGAUCAGCUGGUCGGCGAGCCGGCUGCCAGAGGACAUGUACCCGGCAUCCGGUUUGGCCCUGGCCGCCGCCUAUCAUGACAUCAAAACACGGCUGGCCAGCCUAGAGAGGGAGAACAGCAGCAUCAAGAGGAAGCUCAAACACUACGAGGUCAAGUUUCCUAUGAUCAGUGAAUUUGGAGAGGAGAGGAUACUGUGUUGUUCCUGCGAGCCCGUCAUCAAAGACACCAGCGUUAUCCAGGCAGAAACCACCAACUUGCAACAGAGGGUCAACUCCCUCACUCAGGAGCUUCAAAAGAGCAAAGAGAGGGAGGAGAGGUUGGAGGAGGUCAUUCAGGCGUACGAGAAAAUCCACUUGGAGAAAAGCAAUGUCCAGAGAGAUCUGGACAAAAUGACAACUCUGGCGGAGGAGCAUGUGGAAAGGAUCUGCAGCCUGGAGUCAGCUCUCAGGCAGAGAGAAAGUUCCCUUCAGAAACUCAGCACUCAGCUGCGCAGCAGAGACACGCAUCACAGUCAGCUCAACGCCAGCCUGGACGUACCCAGAGAGGGUCGUGGGCCGACGCUGCAGAGCUCCCGCAGUCUCGACGCCCUGUCGGACCUGAAGCUGCAGCGGCUGGAGGCCGAGCUGGAGGGGGCCCGGCACCAGGUUGAGGGAGCCUGCCAGAGGGAGAAGGAGCUGAGGAAUGAGCUUCAGAGGCUGCAGCAAGAGGUAGCCCAGCUGCAGGAUGCACAGAGACAGUCACAGGACCUGUCUUCGCACUGUGAGCACUGUGACGUUGAAUGGAUAAAAAAAGCCGGGGACGAGCAGGUCAACCUAGCGUUAGCCUACACUGAGCUGACAGAGGAGCUGGGUCGCGUUCGCACUCUGGCUGCUAAGCAGACUGACCUUCUGCGACACGUCUCACAGGAGUCUGUCUCUCGUCCUCCCCCGGCUCCUCAGCGCCUCUCCCCCACCUCCCCCCAACGACCCUCUCUCUCCCCUGAUAGGCUCCUCCCCACUCCAUCACCCCCUCUGUCCCCAAACAGCGGCCCCGCGUCCUACUCCCACCAGCCGACCAGCAGCCGCCUACGAGCGAAGUUCCAGGGUCGGCGUAGUUACUCCGAGGUAUCGGACCCGUCUGCCAUCCAGAGGCCACUGGCUCACCUGAUGAGGGAUCCGGUAUCCACCCUCCCCAAGCCCAGGUCCAUCCUCGGGGAGUCGCAAGGUUAUGGGCAAACCAAAUCCCAGCUCCGUGCCUCCCUGGUGGGCCUGGUCCGACCGGCAUCGGCUCACGGAGCCGGAGGGGAGAGAGGGGGAGGGGGAGGAGAAAGAGGUGGGGGCAGCAGUCUGAGCAGUAGUCCUCAUCACUGUGCUCUGGACCUGGGCUUCCCUCUGGCUGCCGAGGUUCACCACUUCUGUCACCUCGAUGACCCGCCUGAGCCCACCCCGCUGGUGACUCCACCGCAGUCCUCCUCCGACGACGAGGACGUAUGCCCGUACCUGUCGCCGGCUGCCAGCCCGCCGCGGACGCUGGGAGCAAUCGGGAUCGGCUCGCCGUCGCCCAGGGAACAGCCCCUGCACCCCUCCUUCCCGUCUCCUAGGAAACAGCCCCACCAUCCCUCCUUUUCGGCCCCCGAGGGCCCUGCCACCCUUUCCUGCCAUCUGCCGCCUUACAUGAGCACCGAGCACGCUCAGUCAUGGCCGUCUAUUAAUCUAUGGAUGGAGUCGGAGGAAAGCGCCGUCCGUAGCUGUCCUCUGUGUCAGCUGACCUUCCCGACCGGUUACCCCGACGACGCCCUCAUCAAACACAUCGACUCCCACUUGGAGAACAGCAAGAUCUGACUUUUUUCCUUCUUCUUCUCUUCUUUCUUUCUUUUAACAAGUUUUUUUUUUUUUUUACACAUCUCUUUUCACCCGAGAUGGGGACCAGGUCUAUUUUAUUGGUUUCUAUUAAGGUUUUACGUAGAAACGGUUUGAUGAGGCUGCAUGUGUUUAGCCCCUGAUCCAGCCAUUGUCUUCAAGGGUUACGAGCCUUGAUCAAGGGGCACCCGUUAACUUCCAGCUGCAGAAUAAGUCUGCAAGCUUUCAUUUUAAUUUCAUUUCUGUUUUGUAAAUCUCUGCGUACGACAUACAUUUUGCCAUCACAAAGCACCGGAUCUACAACUCUGCAUCCUCUUCCUCUCACAACCAAACUUUUUCUUCAGAGUUUAAAGUGUCAGAUUAACCCUUUUUAACCAUUAGUUUGAAUUCAGACAGUAAGACUUGUUGUCUCACAUUCUCUCCCUCUCUGAUCACGGGUUAUUGCUGCUUCUCUAAACUUUUAAUUACAUCAAAAUCGCUCCAUAACUUGGACAAAUUAUUCUUGAUUUCAAGGCCACUUGGAUGAAAACAUACAGCCACAGUAAUCACAUUAAUUUGGAAGUAAAUUAGGUUAAAGUGACCCAAUUUCAUCCCCUAAAGCACGGUUGUCAAACAUAUGGCCCACGGGCCGAACGGUGCCCACCGGAGGGUCUAAUCUGGUCCGCAGCGUGAAUUUGCAAAGUGCCAAAAUAACAUAGAAAAUAAGGCAUUUUUCAAAGAAAAUAUUUGCUGUUCCUAAUUCAUCCACCGUUUUAGAAACAGAAGUGUUACAGAACACAAUACUGAGACCCCGGGCUAAACAAAAGCAGACAGCUACGUGCCCAUUUAUGUUUCUUAAGAAAUGUCAUUGUUUUUACUGGGUGGUUUAUUAAAUGUAAACAUUCUCCUAA